AUCCCGGUUUCUCCCGAGCGGCCUCCCCUGCCCCCACCCGGGCCUUCUGGAUCACUCAGGUUUCUCUAAUAAACCCGCGGUUUCUUCACCUGGAAAGUCCGAAUUCUCCUGGACUCUCAGUCUCCACUCAACUGUCACCUCGAUCUCUCUCCUCUCUUUCCUGCCUGCCCACGAGACUUCAGAUCCUGCCUGCUUCUGUCCCUGGUGGUCCCCGAGGAAACGUAGCCACUGGCAUGGUGCUUGAGCUACAAAGACACCUCUUCAGCCAGCGCCUUCUGGAUGAAUGAAUGGUUACACUAAGUGUCAUCCACACUACUUCAAGGGGGUCACUUCAUGGACUUACUUCCCACACUUGUUAACCAUGCUGCCUUACUCUCAGGACCACAAAAAGCCGACUGACCAUUAAUCUCCCUCAGAGCACAAGUUAGACUGCAGGGUAAGAUGGGGAACUCCGAGAGUCAGUACACCUUUCAAGGAUCUAAAAAUCAUAGCAAUACUAUUACUGGUGCAAAGCAAAAGCCUUGCUCCCUGAAAAUACGCAGUAUUCAUGCAAAAGAUGACAAGUCAUUGCACGGAUGGGGUCACGGAAGCAGUGGAGCGGGGUACAAAUCCAGGUCCCUGGCCCGAAGCUGCCUUUCUCACUUUAAGAGUAAUCAGCCUUAUGCCUCCAGACUCGGAGGCCCCACCUGCAAAGUCUCCAAAGGCCAUGCCUACUCCAAGCACAGGACCAAUGGCUCAGGGAGUGAUUUCCAGGGCAGCCACGCUGCUUUCUCACCUGAGAACGGAUUCCACUGUGUUGCCCACGACCGGGCAGAAAACCGCCCGGCCUCGAAGGACUGCAAUGGACACCUUCUCAACUGCUAUGGGAGAAACGAGAGCAUGGCCUCCACCCCGCCGGGCGAGGACCGCAAGAGCCCCAGGGUGCUCAUCAAGACGCUGGGGAAGCUGGACGGCCGUCUCCGGGUGGAGUUCCACAACGGCGGCAGCCACCGCAAAGUGCCCCCGGAGGCGGCGGGCGGGCCGGUCCGGCUGCUGCGCUACUCGCCCACCCUGGGCCCGGGAGCCCCCUCGCCGCCCAGCCCGCGCCUUUCUCCCGCAGACUCGCGCCCGCGCUCCAGCAAGGGCAGCUCUCUGAGCUCCGAGUCGUCCUGGUACGACUCCCCCUGGGGCCACGGCGAGGGCAGCGAGGCCGAGGGCCCCUUUCCCGCCCCCAGCUCACCCGACCCCAGCCUCCAAGCCAGCUUCCCUCCCAGGGACGCCCCGAAGCCCUUCAACCAAAGCUCUUCCCUGUCCUCCCUCCGGGAACUCUACCCAGAUGCCACCCUGGGGAGUCUGUCCCCCUCCGGGAUCCGACUCUCCGAUGAGUACAUUGGUACCCCUGCCAACCUCAGCCAUCGCGUCUCCUUCGCCUCUGAUAUUGACGUGCCAUCCGGAGUGGGGCACAGGGACCUGGGCCAGUAUGCGUCCUUCACUCUCCCCUGCAGAAAAUCCAAAGCCUUGACAGACGACGCUUCAAAGAAGGACACCCUGAAAGCCAGAAUGCGCCGCAUCAGUGACUGGACGGGAAGCCUCUCCCGAAAGAAAAGGAAGCUCCAGGAGCCGCGGUCCAAGGAGGGCAGCGACUACUUUGACAGCCGCUCAGAUGGACUGAACGUGGACGUGCAGGGGCCCUUCCUGGCAUCUGCCUCCCUGUGGUCAGCGGGCUCGGCUCAGCUCCUGCCCCAGAGAAGUGAAUCGGCUCAUGCGAUUGGCAGCGAUCCCCUCCGACAGAACAUUUAUGAAAACUUCAUGCGCGAGUUGGAAAUUAGCAGGACCAACACGGAGAACAUAGAAACGUCUACAGAAACCGCUGAGUCCAGCAGCGAGUCCCUCAGCUCUUUGGAGCAACUGGACCUGCUCUUUGAAAAGGAGCAAGGGGUGGUCCGGAAAGCCGGGUGGCUCUUCUUCAAACCCCUUGUCACUUUGCAGAAGGAAAGGAAGCUGGAGCUGGUGGCUCGGAGGAAGUGGAGACAGUACUGGGUAACACUUAAAGGAUGCACCCUGCUGUUCUACGAGACCUAUGGGAAGAAUUCUCUGGAUCAGAGCAGUGUGCCCCGCUGUGCCCUGUUCGCAGAAGACAGCAUCGUGCAGUCCGUCCCAGAACACCCCAAGAAGGAAAACGUGUUCUGUCUCAGCAACUCCUUCGCAGACGUCUACCUUUUCCAGGCCACUAGCCAGACAGAUCUGGAAAACUGGGUCACUGCCAUACAUUCGGCGUGCGCGUCCCUUUUUGCAAAGAAACAUGGCAAAGAGGACACAGUUCGGCUACUGAAGAACCAGACCAAAAACCUUGUUCAAAAGAUAGACAUGGACAGCAAGAUGAAAAAGAUGGCAGAGUUACAGCUGUCUGUGGUGAGCGACCCAAAGAACAGGAAAGCCAUUGAAAACCAGAUCCAGCAGUGGGAGCAGAACCUAGAGAAAUUUCACAUGGAUCUAUUCAGGAUGCGCUGCUAUCUCGCCAGCCUGCAAGGCGGGGAGUUGCCGAACCCCAAGAGCCUGCUUGCUGCCACCAGUCGUCCCUCCAAACUGGCCCUGGGCAGGCUGGGUGUCUUGUCAGUUUCCUCUUUCCAUGCUCUGGUAUGUUCCAGAGAUGACUCUGCCCUCCGUAAGAGAACACUCUCACUGACCCAGCGAGGAAGAAACAAGAAAGGCAUAUUUUCUUCAUUGAAAGGGCUGGACACGCUGGCAAGAAAAGGGAAGGAGAAAAGACCUUCUAUAACUCAGGUUGAUGAGCUCCUGCAUAUAUAUGGUUCCGCAGUAGAUGGCGUUUCCCGAGACAACACGUGGGAAAUCCAGACAUAUAUUCACUUUCAGGAUAAUCAAGGAGUUACUGUAACGAUCAAGCCAGAACACAGAGUAGAAGACAUUUUGACUCUGGCAUGCAAGAUGAGGCAGCUGGAACCCAGCCACUAUGGCCUACAGCUUCGCAAAUUAGUCGAUGACAACGUUGAGUACAGUAUCCCCGCCCCAUACGAGUACAUGCAAGAACAGGUUUAUGAUGAAAUAGAAGUCUUUCCGUUAAAUGUUUAUGACGUGCAGCUCACGAAGACUGGGAGUGUGUCUGAUUUCGGGUUUGCAGUGACUGCACAGGUGGAUGAACAUCAGCGUCUCAGCCGAAUAUUUAUCAGUGACGUUCUCCCUGACGGCUUGGCAUACGGGGAAGGGCUGAGAAAGGGCAAUGAAAUCAUGACCUUAAAUGGGGAAGCUGUGUCUGACCUUGACCUGAAGCAGAUGGAGCUCCUGUUUUCCGAGAAGAGUGUUGGGCUCACUCUCCUCGCCCGGCCGCCUGACACAAAAGGAACCCUGUGUACUUCUUGGUCAGACAGUGACCUGUUCUCAAGGGACCAGAAGAGUCUGCUACCUCCUCCUAACCAGUCCCAGCUUCUUGAGGAAUUCCUGGAUAACUUUAAAAAGAACACGGCAAAUGAUUUCAGCAACGUCCCGGACAUCACAACUGGACUGAAAAGGAGUCAGACUGAUGGCACGUUGGAUCAGGUUCCCCACAGGGAGAAAAUGGAGCAGACGUUCAGGAGUGCUGAACAGAUCGCUGCGCUGUGUAGGAGUUUGAACGACACUCCGACCAGCGGCAUGGAAGGACUCGGGGAGAGCCAGGACUCACCUCCAAGACCGCUGGCCCGCCACCUCUCUGAUGCGGAUCGCCUCCGAAAAGUCAUCCAAGAGCUGGUGGACACAGAGAAGUCCUAUGUGAAGGAUCUGAGCUGCCUAUUUGAAUUAUAUUUGGAGCCACUUCAAAAUGAGACCUUUCUCACUCAAGAUGAGAUGGAGUCACUUUUUGGAAGUUUGCCAGAGAUGCUUGAAUUUCAAAAGGUGUUUCUGGAGACUCUGGAAGAUGGGAUUUCAGCAUCAUCUGACUUUAACGUACUUGAAACCCCCUCACAGUUUAGAAAAUUGCUGUUUUCCCUGGGAGGCUCUUUCCUUUAUUAUGCGGACCACUUCAAGCUGUACAGCGGAUUCUGUGCUAAUCAUAUUAAAGUACAGAAGGUUCUAGAGCGAGCUAAAACUGACAAAGCCUUCAAGGCUUUCCUGGAUGCCCGGAACCCCACCAAGCAGCAUUCCUCCACACUGGAGUCUUACCUCAUCAAGCCUGUCCAGAGGGUGCUUAAGUACCCGCUGCUGCUGAAGGAGCUUGUGUCGCUGACAGACCAGGAGAGCGAGGAACACUAUCACCUGACAGAAGCACUGAAGGCAAUGGAAAAAGUAGCAAGCCAUAUCAACGAGAUGCAGAAGAUAUACGAGGAUUACGGGACAGUGUUUGAUCAGCUUGUAGCAGAGCAGAGUGGGACGGAGAAGGAGGUAACUGAACUUUCAAUGGGGGAACUUCUGAUGCAUUCUACAGUCUCCUGGUUGAAUCCAUUUCUGUCCCUAGGAAAAGCCAGAAAGGACCUUGAGCUCACAGUAUUUGUUUUUAAGAGAGCUGUCAUACUGGUUUAUAAAGAAAACUGUAAACUGAAAAAGAAAUUGCCCUCCAAUUCCCGGCCUGCUCACAGCUCCGCUGACUUGGACCCAUUUAAAUUUCGCUGGUUGAUCCCCAUAUCGGCACUUCAAGUCAGACUGGGGAAUACAGCAGGGACAGAAAAUAAUUCCCUAUGGGAGCUGAUCCAUACAAAGUCAGAAGUCGAAGGACGGCCAGAAACCAUCUUUCAAUUGUGCUGCAGUGACAGUGAAAGCAAAACCAACAUUGUCAAGGUGAUUCGAUCUAUUCUGAGGGAAAACUUCAGGCGUCACAUAAAGUGUGAAUUACCCCUGGAGAAAACGUGUAAGGACCGUGUGGUACCCCUCAAGAACCGCGUUCCCGUUUCAGCCAAAUUAGCUUCAUCCAGGUCCUUAAAAGUCCUCAAGAAUUCCUCCAGCAGCGAGUGGCCCAGCGAGCCAGGCAAGGGCAGCUCACUGGGUUCCGACGAGGGCAGCCUGAGCAGCAGCACCCAGGGCAGCAGCUGCCACACGGCAGGCGGCCGGCAGGAUGUCCUGAAGCAGUCCCCCACAGGCUUGACAGAGUUUCCGGACGGUCUCAUCAAAGAGAGUGACAUUCUGAGCGACGAAGAGGAGGACUGCCACCAGCCUCGGGAACAGGGCAGCCCCACCAAAGACAUUGAGAUUCAGUUUGAGAGACUGAGGAUCUCCGAGGACCCAGACGCCCAUCCGGCUGAGCCGCAGCCCGGCACGGACGGCCAGCGGGGAGGGGAGCAGCCCAAACUGGUCCGGGGCCACUUCUGCGCCAUUAAACGAAAAGCAAACAGCACCAAAAGGGACAGGGGGACUCUGCUAAAGGCGCAGAUUCGUCACCAGUCCCUUGACAGUCAAUCUGAAAAUGCCAACCUCGAUCUCAAUUCUGUUCUAGAGCGAGAAUUCAGCGUCCAGAGCUUAACGUCAGUUGUCAACGAGGAGUGUUUUUAUGAAACGGAGAGCCACGGGAAGUCAUAGUACAGUUUCAAUUCAGAUAUGGAUUGAAUUGCUUGUUUCACUUUUAAACUGGUGGGAAAGUGGAAAUUGCAGAAAAACUAUUCCUUAUUGGGUUUUGUGCAGUAUACAUUUUCCCACAAAAUAGUUGUAAAGAUUUAAGUUAUUUUAAUUUAUUGUGGAUCAGAAAACUAGAUUAAACUGGUCAGAAUCUGUAAAUUACUUAGGUUUAUAUUCCUUUUGAGCAGGUAUCAAAAUGACUUAGGAUCGUUAAAAUUGCAUUCUAAUUAUUUUAAUUUAUAUGGAAAAAGCAAGAUGGGGAAGUUGUGAUUAAUAGCUUUUAAAAAAAGUCCUUUUUUCCAGUCCUCUGGGCAUUUUCUUUGAGUUUUUAGUUUUUGCUUU